UCGUGCUGCUGCCGUAGGUGGGGGGAUUUUAGCAAUAAAUGACAAUUAUAACCAAAUAGGAGCAGCAAUUGGGAUAGCUUCUGCGUUUUCUGAGACAGUUUUCUCACGAGGAAAGGAAGCUAUUUAUGAUGCUAAGGAAAAGAAAUGGGAAGAAUUUAUCAGGGAUACAGAAAACUUAUGA